GAGCUGUGUAUACUGUAUACGCGUUGCGUUUGCCGUUUAGUUAUUAUUACGGUUAUUAGUUCAUAUAUUGUAAUAAACUACCAAAGUACUCAGCGAUAUCAAAUUAUCAACCUGACUUCGUCAAUUUAAUGAAUAAUUAUUAAUAAUCUUUUAUACUAAUAUUCAUAAUAAUUCGUAAAUUUUCGGCAGUCAUCGUCGAAUUGAAAUUUUCCCGCCUCCGAAAACAAUUCGCGUGCUGAAAAUUGGUAGACCCGUUGUCGGCCAGCUAGCUGUUUGCCGUGAGGUUAUGCGACAAUCGACGACAGACGUGGAAUCCGUCUUCAACUUUUAAGUAACCGAACUUGACCGCCGCCAUGUCCAAGACGUCCGGUUCGGCUGCGUCCGGCUCGUCAUCGUCGUCAUCUCAACAGCAAGCGUCUGGAGUCGCCGCUGUACCGGCCGAAGACAAUUUCGAUUUUCUAUUUAAAAUCGUGCUUAUCGGCGACUGCGGCACCGGCAAGACAUGUGUCGUUCAACGGUUCAAGAGUGGAACGUACGCCGAGAAUCAGGGCAACACCAUCGGUGUCGAUUUUUCCAUGAAAACCAUUAAAAUCGACGGCAAGAAAGUCAAGCUUCAAAUAUGGGACACGGCCGGCCACGAAAGGUUUCGUACAAUCACACAAAGUUACUAUCGCUCAGCUAAUGGAGUCUUACUAGUAUACGACAUUACAAAACGUGCUACUUUCUUGAAUUUACAAAGAUGGGUUGAAGAAGUACGUCGAUAUACUUCAUCUAAUGUAUUACUCGUGUUGAUUGGUAAUAAAUGUGACCUGGAGGAGAACCGCCAAGUAGAGUUGUCUGAAGCAGACGCCAUGUGUGAAUACUUUCCAGAACUAUUGUCUGUCCUGGAAACGUCAGCUAAAGAAAAUAAAAAUAUUGAAGAAGCAUUUGUCACAAUUGCUUCUGAACUUAAAAGACGUCAUGACCAAAGUGCUCAUAUUGAAGAUGAACCUAAUCCUGUCAUCAACUUGAGUGAAGGCGAGAAUGUUCAAAAAUGUAAAGGCUGUACAUUGUUAUAAGCUAACACUCUUAACAUUGAAACAUGGUACAGUAGAACAAAUCAAUAUUUGAUCAUUAUUCUAAAACCCGAUGAUGAACAUGUAUAAUUAAUUAUGCGUUCAUAAUCCUAUGGUAACACACUUGUUUAAUGUAAAACAUUUAAAGUUUUAUUUAGAUUGUAUUUAAAAAAAAAAAAUAUGAGGAUAGAGACACUAUCCCAGAAUUUUUACACACGUUUAUGAUCCGCGUUAAUAUUGUAUUUAAUUUUAUCUUUCGUAACUUGCAAUAACUAUUUAUGUACUUGAACUUCACUUUGUUAAUCAUUCAAUCAUCAUGUACUAAAAAAAAAAUAAUAUUAAAUAAGAUUCUCGAAUAGUUUUA